GGUGCUAUUGGAUGGAAUGGUUGUUGGCUGCUAUCUAGCUCUCGGGAACCGCACGAAGCUCCCCAAAAGCCCUCUGUCUCGCUCUCGCUACGAAUCGGUUCGGUAUCUAAAAAAUAAUAUUUAUUAAAAUGACAGCUACAAAAAUAGUUCAAAAAUUUUGAAAACUAAAAAGUGAUAUUAUUAAAACGAGUUGAAACCAAAAGUUUUACUAUACGGUUGAGAAGCACUUUAGGAACCCCUGGAAACCCGGUUCUGCGCACCUCUUGAAGGCCAGAGAGGGACAGCUAGUGCCCACAUGUGUAUGAGUGCGAGUGGAGAAAACUAUCUCAGACGAAUUGCAACGACUGAGUGUGUGUCUGUGUGUGGCCAUUGCAGCGAUCGCAGCGACUCUACAAAACUCUACAAAAUCAACACAUUCCGCAUACGCACCGUUGUACAGCGCGUACUUGCACUAUUGUCGUUAUCGCCGUUGUUUCGUCGGUUGUGUUGGCCUUUCGCGUCGCCAUGGCUGCCAAAAGGUGUGUGUCUAUGUCAACCUGAAAGCGAAAAACCAACUCCAAACACCACUUGACGGUUGAGCAAACACAACGGUGGCCAUAUUUACAUUCGGAUCUGGGUUCCCUCGCUCUCGUCGCGGUUGUCGCCUCUUUUCGCGGCCCACAGAUAAGCCCUGACACACUGAAGUUUUACGCAAAACCCGCAUCGCAAAAGUUGUGCCGGUUGAAACUAAAAAAAAAAAACAAACAAAAAGUUAAGCCAGUUACUAUGAGCGAGUGCAGACAAUAGUGAAAACGGUGACCCAAGUGAUACCGGUGAAAUUUCCACAAAGAACGCAUAUGUCAACGUAAGAGGAGAAAUAUGGAAUACUGUGGUCUGUAAAUGAUCAACUUAAUAUGGUUCCCAAGCUGAGGAACAUCUAAUACGCUCAGGAAUUGAAAUAGAAAGAAUCUAAAAAAAAUUAUACCCAAGCUAUGCAAGAAGUCUGCAGCUCCUUGGACACGACCUCAAUGGGCACCCAAAUCAAAUCGGAAUCUCCACUCAACCCGCUGCAGGUGCAAACUGGACAGACGUCCCUGCCAGUGGGUGGUUGCGGUGGUGCGGGCGUCGUGGGUGGUGUGGGUGGCGUGGGAGUGAGUGUUGGUCAGCCUGGUAUCGGACAGCAGGGGGUGCCACCUGUGCCGUCGGUGCUCAUGGUCAACAAGAUGACCCCGAACUGUGAUAAACGGAGCGCGGACACGGCCUAUUGGAUGACAGCAUCCGAGGGCGGGUUCAUCAAUUCGCAGCCGUCGAUGGCUGAAUUCCUCAACCACUUGAGUCCGGAGAGUCCCAAAAUCGGAACACCUGUUGGAUCCGGCGCCAUUGGCGGAGUAGGCGUCAACGUUAAUGUCAAUGUCGGCGUCGGAGUCGGAUAUCCGGUUGGCGUUGUCCCUCAAACGCCGGAUGGAAUGGACUCGGUGCCGGAGUAUCCCUGGAUGAAGGAGAAGAAGACAUCCCGCAAGAGCAGCAACAACAACAAUCAGGGUGAUAACUCCAUUACUGAAUUCGUUCCAGAAAACGGCCUGCCCCGACGACUCCGCACCGCAUACACCAAUACCCAGCUGCUGGAGCUGGAAAAGGAAUUCCAUUUCAAUAAAUAUUUAUGCCGCCCAAGGAGGAUCGAGAUAGCAGCCAGCCUGGACCUUACGGAGCGACAGGUAAAAGUUUGGUUCCAAAACCGCCGCAUGAAGCACAAGAGGCAAACGCUCUCGAAAACGGACGACGAGGACAACAAGGACAGCCUCAAAGGUGACGAUGAUCAGUCCGAUAGUAACUCCAAUUCGAAGAAAUCGUGUCAAGGCUGCGAACUGCCAUCCGAUGAUAUACCCGAUUCCACGUCAAAUUCCCGGGGUCACAACAACAACACGCCGAGCGCCACCAACAAUAACCCGAGUGCUGGGAACCUGACUCCAAACUCGUCCCUGGAAACGGGCAUCUCCUCGAACCUGAUGGGCAGCACCACCGUAUCCGCCUCAAAUGUGAUCAGCGCCGACUCCAGUGUGGCAUCUAGUGUUAGCCUGGACGAGGAUAUUGAGGAGAGCAGCCCCAUAAAGGUGAAGAAGAAAGACGAUGGUCAGGUCAUCAAAAAGGAGGCGGUCUCCACCUCGUCGAAAGCCUCGCCUUUUGGUUAUGAAAACUCCACUCCCAGUCUGGUCAGUUUUCGACGGGAUUCAGAUGCCUCCGCUGUCGGAAAUGCACCCACCAGCAAGGCGGUCGGCAAGAAACGCUUUCAGAGUGCCGCCAAUGCCAUUGCCACGCCCACGCCCCUUUCGGACAGUAAUAGUGGAAACGGGAGUGGAGGCGGCCCAGCUGGCGGCUACUUUCCAGGCUAUUAUCCUAGUCCCAAGCAGCAGCAGCAAGUGCAGCAGCAGCAACUGCACCCGCAACAGCAGCAGCUGCCGCAGCAGCAGCCGCAAGACUACUACGGCAAAUACGAUAUCGAAUUCGCCGCCUCGCCGCACCACAAUCCGCACAACAAGCAGCAGGCGCUGCACGGCGAGUACCUAAGUCCCAAGCCAAGUUCAGCCAAUUUCCACCAAAACAGUCAACAGCAGCAGCAGAACGACCACUUCUAUUACAACUACAACGACACCAACGGCACUCCGUACUUGAACCACCAGCAGCAGCACCACCACCACGCACAGCACCACCAGCAGCAGCAGCACCACCAAAACCAUGUGGCCGACUUUGAGGGGCCUGUCAACGGACCCAGCAACUUUAACAAUGGCGCCUACUACGACAACAUGAGUUUUCAACAACAGGCUCAAGCUCACCAACACCAAACGGUGGUCUUCCAACAGCAGCAGCCUCACCAGCCAGCGGCGAUUAACCACCAGCACAUGCAUCACCUGGGAAAUGGGGAGACAUACAGUGCUCUAGGCCUACAGAUGGAGAACUGCGAGGGCUACAACAACUUUGGGGCCGCCGGAACCGGUGGUGGGUACUACGAGGCGGGUCAGCAACCUCCUAUUCCGGCCACCCACGGCCAUGGACACCAUCCCCACCACGUGCAGGUGCCGGCUCAGGCGCAUGCCCCCAUCCACGCCCACCACAAUUCUGCCGCGAUUCCCGGAGGAGUGGGAGUUGGACCGCCCCCCUCGCAUAUCCAUGGAUUCGCCAUCAAUGGGGGACCGGCUGUUCAGGGCCAGGCAUUCGGAAACAACGGAAGCACUGCAGCUGGGACCGCUGCGAUCAGUGGUCUGGAGAACUCCAAUAGCUCGGACUUCAACUUUCUGAGCAACUUGGCCAACGAUUUUGCGCCGGAAUACUACCAACUCAGUUAGUUCAUGUAGGAAGUACGCCAGAGGCCAGUGUAAAUAUUUGUUAGCCUAAUUCGCCGCGUGGGCGUGAGUCUUGUAUUUCUAUUCAGUGUCGUAGCGUCGUAAGCACAUUGUCCUUAGCACAUAUCUGUACAUAAUAAGCUAUUCCUCUUUUUAGUCUAAUCAAAUCGAAACUGUUAUGAUUUUCUAUUGGCUUCAAGUCAGAUGAUGCUCUAUCUUAAAAUUCCAAUUAGAACUACAACAGACAACAAAAUUGUAAAUAGAUAGAAAAAUUAAACGACUUUCGCACAAGUCCACAUCAAUGAUUAUAAAUUACUGAAUUAUCUUUGAUAAACUCGGUUUUUGUAUAUAUCUGAAGUAGCUUAAAUCAAAAACGUAAACUGUCAAUAAAUCUUAUGUAAAAUUAUAAAU